UGCGGUGCGUGUGUGUGUGCGCAUUGCGCGCGUGUGUUUGUGCAUGUGUGUGUGCGUGUGUGUUUAUCGGGGGUUUCCUCCUGGCCAUGCCUUCAUUGCCCCACCCUUCCUCUCUCUGGAGCAUUUCUGAUAGGAACACCUCAGGCUCAUUCCAUGCCAGUGAUAGCUAAGCCAAAUGACAUGGGUACCAUCUUGUGGCCAUAGACAUUAAGUGAGCUCACACUUACACUGCACUCUAUGUAAACACACACACAAAUAUGAAAUUACACCCUCCAGGUCAGCCACAAUGUCUGACUCAAAAACUUGUGUUAGUAUGGUGAAAACACACAAUAAACUGUGGUUUGACCACAGUCAUAAUAUUUUAAGAAUUGGUCAUAAACCACAUCAAUGUAAAAAAGUUAAAAACUGUAUUAUGCAGAUCUGAAUAUAUCAAGAACCAAGUUGCGAACCAAGCUCCUUCACCCUUGUGUGAGGCUGUGAUGUUAUCUAAGUGAUAUUUAUUUAUAGAUGAUUUAUAAGAGCAGUGAGGAGGAGGAGGCGGAACAUAUAGCCAGCUGGUGGGUUAAAACCUUAAUAAGAGGAUUGCAGGUUCCUACGGCUAAACUCACACUACACACUCCUUAGAAGGUAGAGGUGCAGUGCCAGCAUGUGCGCGCACACACACACACCCACACACACACAGACAUGCACACACAUGCUCGCACACACACACACACAUACACACACUCACACACACACCAACACACACCCAUGAGAUUGACUGCACACCUCAGUGAGUCUGAAAGAGAAGGGUGAGAGAGAGAGAGAGAGAGAGAGAGAGAGAGAGAGAGAGAGAGAGAGAAAAGGGGAAGGAGAGAGACUUCUGUAGAGCUGGAACUUAUUAUGGAAAACACUGGAAGGAUAAGUGCAAGUGGCAAUGAACUGUGAGAGCUUAUGCUGAUAGAGGGGAAAAAAAUUUGGACGCUUCCCACUUUAUUUCUUCACUGCAGAGCACUAACAUGGAUCAGGAGGACAUCUCCCCCCUCAAGCACUUUGUGAUAGCCAAAAGGACCAUCAACUGUAUCUUUGACCAGCUGCAGGACUUUGUUAGAGAAGGCUCUGUGUUUGUCAAGGAGACGUGGCAUAGUGAGGACCUGGAACAGGUGGCUGUGGAGGAUCAGUGUGUGCAGAUGCAGGCCUGUACGAGGAAGCUGACCAUCAUCAGAGAAGUGCUGGCCCGCAGGCACAUGAAAGUGGCCUUCUUUGGCAGAACGAGUAACGGCAAGAGUACAGUGAUCAACGCCAUGCUGCGGGAGCGGGUGCUGCCCAGUGGCAUCGGCCACACCACCAACUGCUUCCUGAGCGUGGAGGGCACGGAUGGCGACAUGGCCUACCUCACCACCGAGGGCUCAGACGAGAGGCAGAACAUUGAGACGGUGAAUCAGCUGGCCCAUGCGCUACACAUGGACCCAGACCUGGACUCCGGCUGCCUGGUCCGAAUGUUCUGGCCCAAGACCAAGUGUGCCCUGCUGAGAGACGACCUGGUGCUGUUGGACAGCCCGGGCAUCGAUGUCACCUCUGAGCUCGACAGCUGGAUCGACAAGUUCUGUCUGGACGCUGACGUCUUCGUGCUUGUGGCCAACGCCGAGUCCACCCUGAUGAACACGGAGAAGCACUUUUUCCACAGAGUGAGUGAGAGGAUCUCGAAGCCCAACAUCUUCAUCCUGAACAACCGAUGGGACGUCUCAGUAUCGGAGCCAGAGUACUUGGAAGAUGUGCGGAAGCAGCACAUGGACCGCUGCCUCAGCUUCCUGAUGGAUGAGCUGAGGGUGGUGGACGCCCGGCAGGCCCCCAACCGCAUCUUCUUUGUGUCGGCUAAGGAGGUGCUGAGCUCCAGGAUGCAUCGAGCCCAGGGCAUGCCAGAGACAGGUGGUGCCUUGGCGGAGGGAUUCCAGGAAAGACUCAAGGAGUUCCAACGUUUUGAGAGAACGUUUGAGGAGUUUAUUUCACAGUCAGCGGUGAAGACCAAAUUUGAGCAGCACACCAUCCGAGGUUGGCAGAUCACGGAGUCUGUGAAGGACAUCAUGGACGCUAUCAACAUCACCUCGGCAGAGAAGAAGGUGCUCUCUCUGGAGGAGCGGGAGUCACUCAUGGACCGGCUGGAGUUCGUGCGCAAUCAGCUUAACGUGCUGACCGAGGAUGUGAAGGAAAAGAUCAAGGCCACGGCUGACGAAGUGGCCGCCAAGGUGACUGCUGCCAUGGUUGAGGAGAUCAAGGGUCUGUCUGCUCUGGUGGAGGAGUUCUGCUCGGACUUCAGCCCGGCCCCUAAUGCCUUAGCUCUCUACAAAUCAAAGCUGCAGGCAUACGUGGAGGAGAGGAUGGGAAAAAACCUGGCCUUCCGCUGCUCCAGUAGUAUCAGUGGUUACAUGCAGUCCUCACAAAGAGACAUCAUGGAGAGCAUACGUCCUCUGCUGCCCCCUACUGCCAGGGGCAACCUGCACCUCCACCUUCCCAGCCACAAGUUUGACGUCUCCUACGACCUCAACUUUGCCACCCUCUGCACAGACUUCCAGGGCAACGUCGAGUUCCAGUUCUCCUUGGGAUGGACGGCCCUGGUCAACCGCUUCCUCGGGCCGGCCCAUGCCAAGCGUGCCCUGAUAUUGCUGGACGAGAACAUUCAGGCAGCUGGAUUUGCUUCAACUCCCAGGGACCCCCAGGCCCAAGAGGACCUCGCCAUCUCCAUGGCAACCAAACUGGCAUCUUACACCUCCAGAGCCUCCAUGGGGGUCGUGGUCAUUGGAGGAGUGGUGUGGCGAUGCCUCGGCUGGAGGCUGAUAGUGAUUUCUGUGAGCCUCUACGGCCUGCUCUACCUGUACGAGAGGCUCACCUGGACCAAUGGCUCCAGAGAGAGGGUUCUGAAGCAGCAAUUUGUGGACUUUGCUACCCAGCGGCUCCUGGCCAUCACACCCAUCACCAGCUCCCACUGCAGCCAGCAGGUCCAUCAGGAGAUGGUGGCCACGUUCAGCCGCCUGAGCCAGCAGGUGGACAAGAGUGAAGGUGAGCUGGAGGCAGACAUCUGGCGGGUGAACUGCAGGAUCCAGCGGCUGGAGGGGGUUCAGAAGCACUCCAAAACCCUUAGGCACAAAGCGACUGAUCUGGAGAGACAGCUGGAGGCCUUUACCUCCCAGUAUCUGCAUACCACACCCUGAGGCCUGGAGACUUCCAGAAGCAUGGGCCGCGUAAAUAAUUCAUCCGACAUGUUUAAAACUGCAGCGGAGAAAAAGCAGGGAAUAAAAGCCAUAAUGGUGCUACUGACUCCA